CAACAAUUUAACAUGGAGAAGAAAUGAACUCCCACAGGAUCAACAUAUCUCUUGAAAAGAUUUGGGUGAUUUUCUUCCAGUGGAUUACUCUAUGGGAACAUUAUCAGAAUUAUUUGAUUCUUCAACAAUCUCUAACAUCUCUUCAAUAAUCUCUGACAUCCCAGAAAAGUUAUAGGAGUAUGCGUAAAGCAGGUGCAUUCAUCUUGUUUGAAAAGCAGUAUGCAAGGAGCAAAAAUCACAGCUGCACAAGAGCCAUUGCACAGCCUGUACAGCCUGACAGACAGCUCGAGCUAUGAUCCAGAUAAUGCGGAAGAAGAGGAUUCAUCCAGGCGCCUCACACCUCUGCAGAAACUAAUGCUGGAUAUGUGUCAUAACGAGAAAACCAUCAAAGAGUUGAAUGUGGGAAAAAGGGUGGGAUUCUAUAAAGUCUGUGGUGACAUUGGGUGUGGAAACUUCUCCAAAGUCAAACUGGCCUUCCAUGCCCUUACCAAGGACAAAGUGGCUAUCAAAGUCUUGGAUAAGAUGCGACUGGACCUUCAGACCCAGAGGAUGCUUUUUAGAGAGAUCUCUAUAAUGGAAAGCUUGUUUCAUCCAAACAUACUUCGGCUAUAUGAGGUGAUGGAGGUACCGAGUCGAUUAUACCUGGUGCUUGAGUAUGCUGGAGGAGGAGAUCUGCAUGCCAGGAUCAGCUCUCAAGGAAAAAUUUCCGAUCUAGAAAGCAAACUUGUGUUUGCCCAAAUCCUGUCUGCAGUAAAGUACAUGCACGACAACAACAUCAUUCAUCGUGAUCUAAAAGCAGAAAACAUCCUCUUCACCAGCAACUCCUGCAUUAAGGUAGCUGACUUCGGCUUCAGCACAAAAAUCAACAACUGCAGCCAGAUGUUGGAUACUUUUUGUGGCUCUCCUCCAUACGCAGCACCAGAGCUCUUCAAAGAUGAGGCCUACAUGGGACCACCUGUUGAUGUGUGGGCCAUGGGGGUUCUUCUUUUCUUUAUGGUGACUGGCACUAUGCCUUUCCGUGCUGACACUCUUCGUAAGCUGCGCCACUGUGUGCUACAGGGAGUUUAUGUUCUUCCCACAUGGGUGUCUGCUCCAUGUCAACGCCUAAUCGAGGGGAUCCUUAAGCCAGAGCCUACAGAGCGCUGUGCACUGGAUCAGAUGUUAGGUUGCGAGUGGCUGCUUCCAGUUGACAUUCUACGUCCAAUUCCUCACUUGGACCAGCUUAACCCUGACCACUUGCUGAGGAUGUGGCCAAUAUGGCCAGAGAGAGAAGAAGUGUAUGCUGUCCUACAGGAAAUUGGAGUCACAGAGGAACAUAUUCUCAACAACAAGGGCAAAAACAGUCAAAGCCCAGUAACAGGCAUCUAUCGCAUUGUACUCCAUCGGAUCCAAAAGUACAGGGGAACUGAGUGUCUGCCUUUAAUCACAGGUGUAGUCAAAGACCCAAAGCGGGACAGUCUUCGUGCCUACAGAAAUUUACGACACACCUCAAAACUGUGCACUCUCUCCUAAUAAGCUUCUGAAGCACAUUAAUUUGACUUUUUCUAGUUCACAAAGUUCAUUGUCUUGCAGGGGGAUCUGGCAAUAGGCUAUGUAAAUCCUAAACUGCACUUUACUGUAACCAUUAUCCUAAAUUUGUGUUAAGGAAUCCGAUGAAAUGCUCAAUAAUGGAUUUAAAAAAGUAUAUAAUCAUUACCGAUCUAAGACACCAAAAAUCAUACACCUAAAUCUGAGCUCUGUAGCACAAGCAUGUAAUCUCAGUGUUUUCCAUUUUAUUAACGAAAAGACUUAAUAUAAGCAUUGUGUAUAUAAUCUGAUUUAGUUUAUUUAAUGCUAGUUUUGGACUGUGAUUUUAGCAUGCUUUUAAGGUUAUUGUCAGACUGUAUGAGAUCUCAAUAGAAUUGUGACUGAAUUCUAUAUCGCACUAUGCAAUAAUGUGUUCUAUAUAGCAGAUUAUACAGCAGAUAUUCUUUUAUCUAUAGAACUGCAAUUUAAAAAUACAGUACUAUGUUCUUUUUUU